UUGGCCGCCGCACACAACAUCGCAACAGCUGAGACAGACAGAGAGAGGGAGAUCGAGACCAUGGUGGCGCCGAACGUGAAGGCGGAGACGAUGAGGCUGAUGGACCGGCGGACGGCGCUGGAGGCGGAGAUGAACGCCAUCAUCGCCUCCCUAUCUGCGCCGGGCGGGCCUGGCAUCACCGGCGGUCUCGUGGAUGCGGAGGGUUUUCCCAGGGCCGACAUCGACAUCCCGGCAGUCAUCGCCCAGCGCCGCAAGCUCGGUGAGUUGAGGAAUGACCACAAGGAUAUCACAAACAAAAUUGAAAAGAACUUGGAAGUUUUACACUCUACAAAAUUGUCAAGAAAUGAGCAAUCAACCCCGAGAAGUUCUGGUAUAUCAGCUCCAUUGCAUAGUGGGCUAUCUGAAAAUGAUCCUAUGGAGGAAGAUCUGGUGACCAGACUUCCAUUUGCCAUGAUUGAUGAAAUCACUGAGGGUUCUCCUGCUGCUGUGGAUGGUUUGAUGCUUGGAGAUGAGAUAGUGAAGUUCGGGAGCGUAGAAGCUGGUGACAGAUUGCAAGAAAGGCUUGUUUCCGAAGCCAUUUCCAAUGAGGGCAAUCAAGUAUCUCUUGUCAUCAAUCGUCAAGGAUCACCAAUGAACGUGACAGUUACUCCAAGAAAGUGGCAUGGAAGAGGACUUAUGGGAUGCCAUUUCCACAUAUUAUGAAGGGUCCGUCUGUAUCUGCCAAAGAAUAAGGUGCUUUCACGUUUUCUUGUGCAGAAGAAAGCUCUUGCAACAGCGACAUUUCACCAUAAAAAACUGAACUGACUGAAUGGGUCUACUUGUCACCUGUAGCUGCAUUUACAGUACGCAUUAGGUUGAAAGCUUUAUUUAGUACGUUUUCCCCUUGCACUUCCGUGAUGUAAACCCGAGAAGAAAUUCUGUCGCUUUUGAUAAUGAUGUAGAAAACCUGAAGUCAAGUUGAAGUAGGACCGUGUGGGCAUGGAAAAAAAAACUGUCAUUUUUUCUGUGCAGUUGGGGAAAGUUCUCAUC